AUGGGCGAGCCCAAAUUCCGAAAGGUCAAGAAGGCACACCCGGCCUUUGAGCGAAGGAUCGGAUCUGUGCCGCGCGCCAAGGCUGCAUUUCAUCUGUUGGGGUGGCAGGACGGACCCAAGGGCACAGAAGAUGAAGAAUUCUACGUGCUCGAGGUCACACCAGCCAACCAAGAGGCCGUGGAGAAGCGAUUGCACUUUGCCAGAGGCGAGCUCGAGCGUAUCAAGCAGGAGCUGCUGCAGAGUGGUCCGAGGUUCAUCGACCCUGCAGCAACCACCGCCCCGCAAGGCGGCGACGGCACGGGCGUGACCGAGCUGGGCCAGCUCUUCCCACACCUCGAAGGCGUUCGCUUCAGACUGCCGGCCGACUGGGUCUUCAUCAAGGUGGAGCCAACGCGUGGCCUUGCCGUGUUCAAAUCGCUGGAGCUGAACCUGGGCGUGGUGCUCAACUACCUACCGCAGCCGUUGCAGCGCGCGUGGCUCGACGAGGCCUCUCUUGACUUUUACCGUCACAACCUGCGACUGCACGCCGCUCACAACAAGGGAGGAUAUGUGGCCGGCAUCACCAAGCGGGCACAGCCGGAGGACUUCUACACGGCGGAGGAGAUCAAGAAGAUCAGUGUCAAGCGGAUCCUCACCACCGCCUCGCUCGAUGUUCUCGGCAACCCCAUUCCCGGCGGUCUCUACGAUCCUGCUAUGGGUCCCAUCAACAGAUUUGAAACAUGCGCUACCUGCGGCCUGGGCGAGCGUGACUGCCCCGGACACAUCGGACACAUUGAGCUUGCCGUGCCGGUGUACAAUCCCAUGAUGUUCAAGCAGCUCGUGCGCAUCCUGCGCGCCAAGUGCUUCGAGUGCCACCAGCUUCGCCUGUCGCGGGACAAGGUUAACAGACUGGCCAAGUCGCUGAGCCUGCUCGAUGAGGGCAAGAUCGUGGAGGCGCUCGAUGUGGAUAACUACUACCUCCACCGUGAUUGGUGCGCCGAGCAGCUCAAGGAAACCGCAUCGACCGAUGGCCCGAAGCCGAGCAGGAAGGUGCUGGCCAACCUGACCGCGCUGCGCAAGUAUGCUCAGGAGACGCUCGAGAAGAUCAAGACCGAAGAGGAGGCCUACGACAACGCCCAUCAGGGCAUUCACAACCAAUCUGUCGACGAGCUCUUCAAGGCCAAGAGCUCGCGCACCCAGGAGUUCAGACGCGCGCUGGUCGAGCUCCUGCACGCUGUUCCCAAGGUCUGCGAGAACUGCAAGAGUAAGAGCCCGAACAUCCGCGGCGACAGGAAAGAGAAGAUCUUCAAGACCACGCUCGCCAGCACGGCCAAGGCCGUCAACAAGAUGGUCGCCAGCAGCAACGCCGCCAAGACUGCAGCUGCGCAAAAGAAGAAGGGGAAGGAGGAGGCGGAAAAGGCCGACAAGAGUAAGAAGAAGGCCAAGAAGACUGACGAGGAAGCCGGCAGCGAUGACGACGACGACAAGAGCGACAGUGACGAUAGUGACGACGACAGCGACGAGGGCAGCGAUGACGACGACGAGGAAAAGAGCGCUAGCGAGGAGGAGCAAGCGGAGGAGGUGGUCAAAAAGGCCAAGAAGCCCGCCGCCAAGUCAUCCUCCAAGGUCAAGUACAUGGCGCCGAGCGAGGUGCUUGACCACAUCAAGAAGCUGUACGCCGCCGAGGAGAAGAUCAUGCGGCUUGCCUUCGGCUCCAUUCGCCUCAGCCACAACCUGCCCGCCCACCGGGCCGCGGACCCGAUGGUCUACUUCCUUGAGACCGUCGCCGUUCCUCCCUCGCGCUUCCGUCCUCUCAACAUGGUGAACGGAAUGGCCAUGGACCACCCGCAAAACAUCUACCUCGCUCGCAUUAUGACCUACAACGACCAGCUGCUGACCGCCAAGACCGACAAGGGCGAGAUGACCGUGGAGCAGCGAGUCGAGCUCUGGAUCUCGAUGCAGAAGACCGUGAACGCGCUGUUCGAUAGCUCGAACGCUGGCGUUGGUGCGGCGGCCGGUAUCAAGCAGCUCCUGGAGAAGAAGGAGGGUCUCUUCCGUAAGCACAUGAUGGGCAAGCGCGUCAACUUCGCCGCGCGUUCCGUUAUCUCGCCCGAUCCCUUCCUCCAAACCAACGAAAUCGGCAUUCCGCUGGUGUUCGCGAUGAAGCUCACCUUCCCGGAGCCGGUCACGGAGACGAACUUCCGAGAGAUGCAGCAGGCGGUGAUGAACGGCCCCGGCAAGUACCCCGGCGCCAACGCCGUCAUCGACGAGAACGGUCACACGACGGUCCUGCGCGAGAGCGACGAGGCGGGCCGGCUGGCGCUGUCCAAGACCCUGCGCAACAACGAGAAGGGACUGGUCAAGGUGCUGCGUCACCUCCGCGACGGCGACGCCGUGCUGGUCAACCGACAGCCCUCGCUGCACAAGCCCUCGAUCAUGGCCCACAUCGUGCGCGUCCUCCGGACCGAGAAGACCAUUCGCAUGCACUACGCCAACUGCGAUGCCUACAACGCCGAUUUCGACGGUGACGAAAUGAACAUCCAUUUCCCGCAGAGCGACUUGGCGCGCGCUGAGGCCUACACGAUCGCGUUGGGCGAUGAGCAGUACAUCGUACCGACCGACGGCAGCCCGCUCCGUGGUCUCAUCCAGGAUCACGUGGUGAUGGGCUCGCUGCUCACCAACAAGGACACCAUGCUCACGCGCGAGGAGUUCCAGCAGCUCCUCUACGCCGCCAUCUCCACGCUCCCGCCCACGCGCGGCUCGGCCCACCUCCGCUACCAGACGCCCAUCAUCACCAUCCCGCCCUGCAUCGUCAAGCCCGUGCCCCUGUGGUCCGGCAAGCAAGUGAUCAGCAAUCUGCUGAUGGAGCUGCUCAAGGGCUACCAGCCGCUCAACCUGGACAGCAGCUCGAAGAUCCCGGCGGCCAGCUGGAAGGAUCACUCGGAGGAGGGCAUCGUCAUCGUGCGCGGUAACGAGCUCCUCACCGGCAUCCUCGAUAAGUCGCAGUUCGGUGCCUCGGCGUAUGGUCUUGUCCACGCCACGUACGAGUUGUACGGUUCGAAGAAGGCGGGAGAGCUGCUGAGCGCACUCGGCCGUCUCUUCACCUUCUACCUCAACACCGUCGCCUUCACCUGCGGUAUCGACGACAUGCUCAUCAACAACGAGUUUGAUAGUGUGCGGCAGGGGCUGCUGCGGAAGGCCAACAACAGCGGUUACGAGGUGGCCUCUGAGUUCCUGGGCUAUUCGAGCACGGACAAGGUCGACCGGCCGGAGGUGCGGCAGGGCCUGGGCCAGGCCGUGCGCGACCCCGACGAGGCGACGACGUGGGACAACCUCAUGAAGAAGCAGAUGUCGUCCAUGACCACGGACAUCAUCAAGGAGACGAUGAAGGGCCAGGUCAAGAAGUUCCCCUGGAACAACCUCACUCUCAUGACCACCUCCGGUGCCAAGGGCUCCAUGGUCAACGUGUCGCAGAUUUGCUGUCUGCUCGGUCAGCAGGAGCUCGAGGGCAAGCGUGUGUCGUCGAUGAUCAGCGGCAAGACGCUGCCGUCGUUCGAGCCCCAUGAGGCCGAGGGUCGCGCCGGCGGCUACAUCGCCGAUCGUUUCUUGACCGGCAUCCGCCCGCAGGAGUUCUUCUUCCACUGCAUGGCCGGCCGAGAGGGUCUGAUCGAUACCGCCGUCAAGACCUCGCGUUCGGGCUACCUCCAGCGCUGUCUCGUCAAGCACCUGGAGUCGCUGAGAGUGUGCUACGAUGCCACGGUGCGCGAUUCGGACGCGUCGGUGAUUCAGUUCAACUACGGCGAGGACUCGAUCGAUAUUACCAAGAGCAAGCACCUCGAGCGCUUCUCCUUCCUCUCCAAGAACACGCCCGCGCUCGUCCAGAAGUAUUACUUGACGGCGGCCAGACAAGCGCUUCAGACCAAGCCCACCAAGCGGUACCUCAAGAAGCGGGCGAAGAACGCCAAGCUCAACGAGGAGUCCACGCUCCAAUCCGAGUUCGAGACCUUCCUCCACCUGGGUGCCGUGUCCGAGCGCUACCAGGAGAAGCUUGAAAAGCGGGUGCGACUCUCGGACGGGGACAUCAACCAGGCGAUGAGCGGCGAGAACGACGACGCGGAGGACCCCACCACCCAGCGCAAGAGCACGCGCAACGAGGAGGACGAGUCGGCCGCGCUCGGCAAGGAGAGGAGCCGCAAGCAGGAGCACGCCUCCUACGACGACGCCGAAGAGGAGGAGCUGAGGGAGGUGGCGGAUGCCGGUCGCAAGCAGAAGCACAGCGUCGACUCGUCGCUGUCGGAGAUGAAGACCAGGCUCAAGGGCAAGCAGGACGACGAUGAGCAGACGACUGGCAAGUCCGCUGGACCUCAGAAGGUCGCGCCCGUCAAGGCCACUACGCGCGCCUCGCCGAGCAAACCGCGCAAGGUGCUUCUCGGCAGCGAUGAGAUCCUCAAGGACUACAGAUUCGACCACAAGCGGAUGCUGGUGGAGGUCGAGGUGAAGGUGGGCAUGGCCGAUAAGAAGCUGCUCAUGAUCUCGUUGGUGGAGGCUCUCGUCGCCAACUUCGUCGUCAAGCAGGUCGACGGCAUCAAGCGAGCCUUCGUUAUCCCGCCACCGAAUGGCCAGACCAAGUAUGCGGUCCAGACGGAGGGCGUGAACUUUGGCAUCAUCGCCCAAUUCGCCGAUGUGGUCGACCUCAGCGGGGUGAGGUCCAACGAUAUCUACGCCGUACUCACCACCUUUGGCGUCGAAGCUGCCCGCCGUUCCAUCGCCGACGAAAUCAACGGCGUGUUCAAGGUCUACGGUAUUGGAGUAGAUCACCGUCACUUGGCGAUCAUCGCCGACUACAUGACGUUCGAGGGCGGCUACAAGCCCUUCAACCGAGCUGGCAUGAACAUGUCCACGUCGCCCUACCAGAAGAUGUCCUUCGAAACCACCACCGUCUUCCUCGCCGACGCCACCAUGCGAGGCGACUGGGACCCGAUCUCCAACGCUUCGGCAUCGCUGGUGCUGGGAAAGGUGGUAGAGGGCGGCACGGGCUGCUUCGAGCUCCUCCAGCCCCUCAUCCUCCCCACGCAACCGGCCACCUCGACCGGCGACGACGCCGACGCCAUGAGCGAGUAG